CCCAGUCAACUUGAAUAAGUGAAAGUAUACAGCAAUGCCGGCAUAUCAUUCUGCGUUCAACGAGGAGCCGGAUGUGCGGACCGUUGGGAACACAGCCGUCCUCCCAAUCAAGACGAGAAUACGUGGUCCUGCCCCACUAAUGGCUGAUUCCAACCAACCCGAUAUCAUUGACGAGACGCUCGACCUCUUCCGGGCCAACUCACUCUUCCGUAACUUCGAAAUCAAAGGUCCUGCCGACCGUCUCCUGAUCAUCCUCAUCCUCUACAUCUCCGAUUGUCUGCUCAAGGUCCAGGCAUCACGUGUGCCUCCCAACCAGAAUGAAGCGGGCAAGAUGCUCAACACCUUCGCGGUGGAUAACUUCCCGUUACCGGGAGAUGCCGGAUUUCCCCUGAAUGCGCAUUAUCAGGCACCUGCGAGCAGGAUUGAUGCUGAUCAACUUCGAUCGUACCUUGUUCAAGUACGACAGGAGAUGUCAGCUCGCCUCGUGGAGCGACUAUAUGCAGAUGGCACAGGCAAACCAAGCAAGUGGUGGAUGUGCUUCACCAAGAGGAGGUUCAUGCAGCGCAGUCUGAGCACCUAAGUCUGGCUAUUCCCGUGAUACGAUUGCACUAUGUAAUGGCCAUUGUUUACGUGCGGAGAUUGAGGACGUGGUCCUCUUGUAGCUUCUACAGAAUUGAAUGGA